AUGGAUCCUGAAACAUGCCGAGAACUGAGAAAAAGGCAAAGAAUGCAGUCCGACUACCCUGAGCUCAUGAGAAAAGGAAAUCCUAUGAAAAAGUUUAAAAAAGACGAAAUUGACUUAGUCAAAGAGUUUUGAGAAGACAGAUACCAAGACACAAAAGAAGCUGAAGAAGAUUGCUCAGAUGAAGAACUUGAGCCUUUUAAUUUAAAAACAGAAAGAGAAGCCCAGAGUUUCGCUGAAACAAAAGAAGCCAUGUCUAGGCAGGAUAGAGAAGAAAGAAAUGACUUUUGACUAGAUACAAUUGAUGAUCUCAAACUUGCGAAGCCUGUAAAAAAGCCAGAAGUAAACCAAACUAAAGAAAUCAAUGUUUCUGAAGUUAAAAACAUUAUUAAAAGAAUGCUGAAACAAGGAGAAGCUGUAAGCCAAGCCUUAACAAGGCUCAGAGGUCCAGUUGCCUUAAAAAAGAAUUUCAAGAAAAAUGUUAGGAAAAGUCAAGCUGAGACUGAUACAAAAGAUGAUAAAAAUUUAUCUGAAUUCAAUGAACUUGUGAAAGCAACAAGCGAUUUAAUAGGUGAAGGGAUCGACGAUGUUUAUAGCUGAACUUUAGAUGAUUUAGACACAGAUGUAUAUUGAAAACUGAAAGGCCCACAAGGAAUUGUAGGACCUCUGAAUCUCGAAGUAAUACAAAAAUGGACUGAACAGAAACGAGAUUUUUCUAAUUUUACUGCAAUUCAGACUAACAAAAAAGGAAUUCCUCUUGAAGAUUCAUCAUAUGUAUUUUAAAAUGGCUUGGAAAGACAGCUCACCCUCUUAACAAUUUUAGCUGAGGAGUCGAUUAGGCUGACCGCAGCUUAUUUUAGGCCAAGGUUUUACCUCUAGGAAGAUGGAUGUUCGGCAUUGAUCAGGGAAAGCCUAGCAGAGUCCUUAGGGCCAACCCAGUUUCCUAGCGCGAUACCAGGAGUUGCGCUCUGAACAACUAGUUCAAUUUGGUCGAUACCUGGAGAAUUUUUUUUUUCGAAUUUCUGGAGGAGCAUAGCAGAUAAGCAGACAACAAUCAGUCUCAAAGCAAGGUAGAUAUAAAUACCCAUUCGAGGUAUCACAGGAACCCUCUAUAAUUUUUAACUAAGAACUAAGAAGAUUCAUCAUGGAUUCCUUUCAACGAAAUUCCAAAAAAUUAA